ACACGGAGUAGAUGGCGUAGCGAGCGCACGUCUUGCGUUUCCUUCCUGCUGUCGGUCCUUUUGUGACAUUUUGCGAAACGUCCAUCGUGUUUCGCAGUGAAAUUUAUUAAAUAAAAUCGCUUAAAGGGCAUGGUCGAUAAAGUUUUUCACACGAAAAACCGUAAAACAAAAUCCGUAAUCGUGGUUAAGUUUUUACGUGCCAAGUGCAACUAAACAAUCAAGAUUCCGCCGAUAAUUCAAAGCCUACCCAGAGGGUGGCUUAUCUUGGUGUGACACGUUACCUAAGCAAUGGAACAUAAACGGGACUCAUUCUUCUUGAACAAGAAUAAAGGCAACAGAAAUGGCUUCGAUAAGAAAAAUGAAAAGAAGGGUGGUUUCAAUAAUAAACCUGAACAUAAAGGUUUUAAUAGGAAAAAAGAAUUUAACAACAAGCGACAAGAGCAGUUUGAUAAGGGCCGUGGCAUAGAAGAACAUUCAAAUAAAGAUGGUGAAAAGAAGCCAUUCGAUAAAAAGACCUACCGUCUAAAGAAGUACAGUAAAAAAUACAAGUUGGAGCAAUGGGAAGAGCAACGGAAGAAGAAAUUGCUACGAGAAUACCAGAAGGAUCUCAAAAAUGAUACAUUAGUUGGUUCUUAUAAACCGAAAGGUUUUGACGAAGAUACCACUGACUCUGCUGAAGUAGGAAGAUUUGUUAGACAUCCAGACCUAAUGGAUAAAGUCAACGAAGAAAAAAAUCCAAAGUUCACUAAAAAGGACCCAUUUCAAAGGGCCAAAGAACAGUUCAACAAGGUCAAAGAAGAAAAAGCGCAGAAGCAGCAGGACAUAGAAAAAGCUAAAGAAGAAAAGAAACAGAAGUUGCAUGAAUAUAAAAAGAAAAAGCAAGAGAGAUUUAAGAAGUUGAGCCGAAAAACUAAAAAAGGACAGCCAGUUAUGACUGGACGAUUGGAGUUGCUUUUGGAAAAAAUACAGAAAAAUUAGAUGAAUGUAGCUAAUGAUUUGCUCAUAUAAUGAGCUUGCAUGUUAUCUUAUCUGUAUACCUAAGUAUUCUAGAUAUGUAUGUACUUAAUGGAAUGUAAACUAGCUAAAUAUUUGCUACUUAUUGCCAGUUGUAAUGUGAAACAUGUUUCUUUUAAUGAGUUUUGACAUGCCAAUUUGCAUGUCUAAUGUAACAGAGUUGAAAACCUUUUGUAUGUUUAUUUUCAAUAAUAUCUAUUGA